AUGGAGGACGAGAACGGCUACGUGAUCUUAGAGCGGGGGGACAAGCGGGGCUCUGCGGGGAGAUGCCCGGCCCAGCAGGGUGCAGGGCUUCCUGCCUUGGUCUCUGGGGGUUCGGGGGGGCGACAGGCGCUCCUGAGCUCUUUUUCCCAUAUCCCUUCCCCAGCAGCCGGAUCUGGCUAUCAAGGAUCCCAGAGGGUCCCCGCAGCAUCCCCCUGCUGUCCCCGCCGCCUCCUCGUGGCCCUGACGGCCGGCCUGGCGCUGUCCCUCCUGCUCUGCCUCUCCUGGUGCGUGGCACAGCAGUGGCCGUCCGAGGGGACCGCAGGCUACGGGAACGCCUCUCUGGGAACUGCCCGUUCGGGCUGGGACGGCGUGCUCAGGGAGAUGCGGAGGGUCCUGUGCCCGCCCCGAGAGAGCGAGGGGUGCCGGCUGUGCGCCGUGGGCUGGAGGCUGCUCGGGGCCAAGUGCUACUGGAUUUCCGACGGCAUGAACCCCUGGAACAGGAGCCGGGCGGACUGCAGGGAUCGGGGCUCCGAGCUGCUGAUGCCCUGGGAUCAGGAUGAGCUGGAGUUCCUAAACGAAAGCCUUCAGAAUCCCACCCGGCACUUCUGGAUCGGCCUCUCGGCGCCCGUGGCCGGCACGGGCUGGACGUGGGAGAACGGCUCCGACCUCGACCAGGAGCGGUUCCAGCUGGAGCUCGGGCAGGCGCCUGGAUCCUGCGGAACGCUCAAGGGAAAUGGGAUCAGCCCUCAGAGCUGCGACACGACCCUGCAGUGGAUCUGCCAGAAAGAAUCCGUCGAGAUCUGAGCCUCCGUUGCGCCCCAAAACCGGCGUUAAUGCGGGAAAAAUCCCGAUUCCCGCGGUGCCAGCAGCCCCCGGGGAUGGGCAGAGCCGCAGCCCGUGGAAGUGCCCCCGAGGCGGGCGAUGUAGGAAAGAAAUCGACUAAAAAACCG